AUGUCUCUGGGGCGACUCCUCCGACGUGCCUCUUCAAAAGCUUCCGACCUCCUGACCUUGAAUUCUGGUGGUGGUGGCAGUUCAUCUUCCAUACUCGAUGGGGAGAUUAUCUACUCGAAGAACAACGUCUGUGUCCACCCCCCGGAGCUGCUACAAGGCAUCGGGGAGCAUCAUCCAGGCUAUUUGUGCUUGUACAUGGAGAAGGAUGAGCUGCUGGGAACCACGCUGAUCCUCGCCUGGGUGCCGAACUCCCGCAUUCAAAGGCAGGAUGAGGAAGCCCUGCGCUAUAUCACCCCCGAGAGCUCCCCUGUCCGUAAAGCCCCCCGCAAGCGCGGCCGCCACGCUCAGGGUUUCGGCAUUCCUGCCCGCAGCGACUCAGGAAUCCUCUCGACAAUCAGUUCUCAGGAGGAGCAGAACAGGUCGGAGCUGUCGGUGGAGGGGACGGAGGAAGGGCUGGACUGCAGGCCAGAGCCGGGGGAGGACGAGGGCUCCUUGGAGCUGUCUGCUGAUGACGUGAGCAGGGACAGCACUUUUGACUCUGAUUCUGAUGCCUUCUCUUCCCCCUUCUGCCUCUCUCCCAUUAGCGAAGCCCUUGGGAAAAGCAGUAGUUCCGUGUUCCUGGAUAACGAAAGCAG